GCUUGUAUAUAAAACCUCAACAAAACCUCUCCCUUUCACUUCAUCACUUCAAGUCUUCUCUUCCUCGUUGAUCAAACAUUUUCAAGUACUUUCCGGCGAAACAUCAAUGGCCGUUUCGAAUUCUUUAACAAUCUCUCCGAGGAAACUCCGGUCUGAUCUUUACUCAUACUCAUACCAAAACAAUUCCAAGACACCUCUGGUUAUCUCUGUUCUAUCGUCACUGAUUGAUCGAACUCUGACUCGAAACGAGAGGAUUAGCCGGAGAGCUUUGCCUUCCUCCGGCGCCGGUGGCAAAACUCAGAUCUUUGAUUGCCGAGAAAUCCCUGAUAUGACCAUCCAGUCAUACCUAGGGAGAAUUUUCCGGUACACUAAAGCCGGUCCUUCGGUUUACGUGGUGGCUUAUGUCUACAUUGACCGGUUCUGUCAAACCAAUCCCGGUUUUAGAAUCAGUCUCACUAAUGUACAUCGUCUACUCAUCACUACCAUCAUGAUCGCUUCUAAAUACGUCGAAGAUUUGAACUAUAGGAAUUCAUAUUUUGCGAAAGUAGGUGGACUAGAGACAGAGGAUUUGAAUAAGUUAGAGUUAGAGUUUCUGUUCUUGAUGGGAUUUAAGCUACAUGUGAAUGUGAGUGUGUUCGAGAGUUAUUGUUGUCAUCUUGAAAGAGAGGUUAGCUUUGGAGGAGGUUAUCAGAUCGAGAAGGCAUUGCGUUGCGCUGAGGAAAUCAAAUCCAGACAAAUGAUCAUUCAAGAUCCUAAACAUCAUCAUCAUCAUCAUCAGCUUGCUCGAAUCUUGUUGUAGAGAAAACAAACUCUGUUUUGUUUUUAGUCUUAGUUUUUUUCUUUUGUCGUUUGUGCAUUGUGGUCUUGACUUUCUGACAAACUUGUUGGUUAGAGUUUCUUUUGUUUUUAUUUUAUUUGGUAGGUUGUAAAUGUAGAUAUAGAAGCGUAGAGAUGAGCGGUGAUGUAAAGUAUGAGAUUCAAUGUCAAUUGAAUUUUUUGUAACAUGGUUCAAAUCUAUGUCCUUGCAUUCAGCUAAUCAACAUACUUAUUUCAGGUCUCCUAAG